AUGAAGCUUCUGUCGGGGUUCUAUCUAAUUGUGACUCUGACUUCUUUUGCCGCCAGCCGAGGAUCGGAUUUUCGUUUUACCAACAUGGAUUGCAAAAGUCUUGAUCUAAAGUUUGUUGAAAUUAAAGAGUGUGUCCUAAAAAUGGUGCGCCGAAACGAAGUCGGUAUGAAUUUCCACAUCAAUAUAAAAUACGAAAAGCCCAUCGAUAAGAUUAAGUUCAACCUGAGCAUAUUCCGCAAGUCGAAUGUAUACAGGUUGUUUUAUAUUAACCAUACCAUCGACUUUUGCUAUUAUAUGCGCAGACCGCAGGAAUACCCGAUUUUCUAUAUAUUCCAUGAAUCUCUGAUGUCGGCCACCAACGCCAAUCAUUCUUGUCCCUAUCCAGAGAAGGAUAUUUAUGUAAAGAAAAUGACUUUCAAUAAGCAGACACUGAGUCACCUUGCUUCCAUUUUGCCAGAAGGCGAGUACAAACUGGUUGUUUCUGUUGGCGGUUUUGGAGUCUGGCGAUUACAAGUCAACGUUUACGGGCUGCGUGGGUGA